CGUGUUCAGGGCAGUGCAUUUCUGUCACCUGUGUAACUGUGUGGUGAGACAUUUUGAUUUACAGACUGCGGGUGAGACACUAGUGAGACACCAGACUGCUCACGACAACUCUUCGGUCCUUUACAAAGAUGCAGAGGUGGGUUGUGAUCUGCUGGGCUCUCCUCGCCCUGGUAGCUGCUGAAGAGUGUCCAGAUGGAGGGAGAUGUGCAGAAGGUCAAACCUGCUGCAACGACCCGACAAAUGGGUACGAAUGCUGCCCACUGGAGCAGGCUGAGUGCUGUGGGGAUGACACACAUUGCUGUCCUGCAGGCACAGUCUGCAAUUCAGCCACAUCCAGCUGCGUGAACGCCACUAUGUCCAUCCCCUGGGUGGAAAGAGCUUCCGCUGAUCAACCUAGACUCUCCAAAUCCUUUAGGAUGAUCAAGACGUACAUGGGGGAGGAAGAUGACAACAUCUGUCCCGAUCAAUCACGAUGCCCUUCCGAGUUUUCCUGCCUGAAGGCCUUGACGAGGUUUGGCUGCUGUCCCCUAGCUCAGGGAGUUCCCUGCACUGAUGGAAAACACUGCUGUCCAGAGAGCCACCAGUGCAGUGAAGACAGUAGGUCCUGCGUCAGAAAAGAUCUUGUGACUGUUGUUUUGUGCAACGGGGGAGUGUCAGAGUGUCCAGAUCAAACCACCUGCUGUGAAGGCCCAGAAGGCACAUGGGGAUGCUGCCCAAUGCCAAAAGCUGUUUGCUGUGAGGACAAGCAGCACUGCUGCCCUGAAGGGUGCAGUUGUGAUAUCUCCAACUCCAAAUGUAUUUCCUCAUCCACCAAAAAAGAGAUGCCAAUGUGGGCCAAACUCCCAGCCAGGAUCCGAGCAGAGUGGGAGAACAAGAAAGAAGAAGUGACUGCCGGGGAAGCUAAUGAUGGUGCAUCAGACAAAUCCCCCAAGGUCACCACAGCAGUUACAGUUCCCCCUUCAGAGGAGGAAACAUCUGUGUCAUCUGUCACUAAAGUGGUUGGAGGUAACGACGUCCAGUGCAAUGAUACAGCAGCCUGUUUGGACGGGACAACAUGCUGUCAAGACAAAGACCAUGAGUGGACUUGCUGUCCUCUGCCAGAGGCUGUUUGCUGUGAAGAUCGCAUACACUGCUGCCCAAAAGGUAAAAGGUGUAAUCUAACCACCCAGACCUGUGAUGACAACACAUGCUCGAUACCCCUGAUCAAGAAGAUGUCAGCAAUCCCCAGACAGCGUGCACCAGUGGGGGAUGUUAUUUGUGACACCACCACCAGUUGUAAAGAUGGCACCACAUGUUGUAAAAACAUAACGGGCGGCUGGGCUUGCUGUCCUCUGCCAGAGGCUGUUUGUUGCCAAGAUCUGGAACACUGCUGCCCAAAAGGGAAGCAUUGCAACCUGGCGGCCCAGACCUGCGACGAUGACACAGGCUCUGUGCCGUGGCUCGAGAAGGUGGCUGCCCUCCCCAGGCAGAACACACAGGUGGGGGAUGUUCCAUGCAACGCCACCGUAGCUUGUCAAGAUGGCACCACAUGUUGUAAAACCAAAGAUGGUGGCUGGUCGUGCUGUCCUCUACCUCAGGCUGUUUGUUGCCAAGAUCUGGAACACUGCUGCCCAAAAGGGAAGCAUUGCAACCUGGCGGCCCAGACCUGCGACGAUGACACAGGCUCUGUGCCGUGGCUCGAGAAGGUGGCGGCCCUCCCCAGGCAGAACACACAGGUGGGGGAUGUUCCAUGCAACGCCACCGUAGCUUGUCAAGAUGGCACCACAUGUUGUAAAACCAAAGAUGGUGGCUGGUCGUGCUGUCCUCUACCUCAGGCGGUCUGCUGUGACGACCACGAGCACUGUUGUCCCCAUGGCACAACCUGUGACCUUGCCACCCUCACCUGUGAUGACACAGCCGGCUCGACGCCCAUGAAACAGAAGAUACCUGCAUUUUCCACCCCAGCUCCCAUUACAGCAGCCCCUUCAACAUCAAGUCAGGUACCAAGCUCAACGCUAACAGAGGAGGAGGAACCUGAGGAGGAACCUGAGGAGGAACCUGGGGAGGAACCUGAGGAGAACGAGAUCCCGACAGCACAAGAGGAGGAGGAUGAAGACGUGAAGAGCAGAAUUAAGUGCGAUGACCAAACCAGCUGCCCUGAGCACAUGACCUGCUGCCUCAUAGCCAGCAGGUCGCACAAGUGGGGCUGCUGCCCACUGCCAGAGGCGGUGUGCUGCACUGGUGGGGACCACUGUUGCCCGGCCGACUACAAGUGUGAUGAGCGAGGGACACACUGCGUCAAAGGAGAGCUGGUGAUCCCAUCGUACACCAAGCUGGCAGCCACCACCACCAGCAGCAGCGUCCAGGCUGAUUCUAGCUCUGUGCAGUGCGACGCUCUGAAUCUGUGCCCUGAACGCACCACCUGCUGUCAGCUCGUCACGGGCGAGUGGGGCUGCUGCCCACUGCAAAAUGCUGUGUGCUGCUCAGAUAAGGAGCACUGCUGCCCACAGGGCUUCAGCUGCCACGCGGGCUCCAGGUCCUGUCACAAGCUCAUCAUGCUGCGGCUGGAGACCGUCCCGCUGACGCCCGUCUACCUGCCUGAGCAUCGACCCCGGCCCAGUCCUGUAAAGCAGACAGACAUCCACUGUGAUGAUCAGACUACAUGCAAGGAAGGAAUGGCCUGCUGCAGGAUGUCCAGCACGGCAUGGGGCUGCUGUCCAUUUCCUAAUGGGGUGUGCUGCAGCGACAUGACCCACUGCUGUCCCAGCAGCUACACGUGCAGUGAAGCCGGCGUCUGCAACCACGACACCAGGCUUAACUGGAACAACUGGCACAUGUUCCUGUCCAACAAGAAGAGAGCCCUGAUUGUGUGAAACAUCCCAUCAUGAACAGGGAGCACUAAAUGCAUGUAAUAGGAAGGGGUAUUUGAGUGAAAUUACUAAUUGUUUUGUUAGAGUUUGCUGAUUCUUUCUGCAAGUGUCUGUUGCAGGUCUGACAAUGUUGACAAGUCUUUAAAAACAAGAUCCUUGUUUAACUACUUUAAACACCAAUCAGUAAAAAGAAAAAAAUUUAAACUUUUCUCUAACUGAAUUUUCUUUCAAUAAUCACUGUAUGGGCAUAAUUCUGUGGCACCUUUUACAAUAACAAGCUUCUUUGUGAUUCAACCUUGUGAAGGAAGUUUGAAUCACAGUCUGUUUCAGUCCAACAUGUUUACACAUGACACGAUUUAUCAGUUCAGAUAAUUUCUUGGAAACUGUAAUGACUGACAAAUUAAACAAACUCAGAUUA